AUGCCAUGCGAGCUGGGAGAGGCCCUGGUCCAGGUGCCACCACUGGCAAAGGCAGAGGCUCCCCCAUUUCCUGGAGCCCCCGCUCCAGAGGAACUCUCCAGCUCUGAAGCUGCCCGGCAGCUUUUCAGAUGCUUUCAGUACCAGGUGCUGUCUGGGCCCCAGGAGACCCUGAGGCAGCUUCGGAAGCUCUGUUUCCAGUGGCUGCAGCCAGAAGUUCACAGCAAAGAGCAGAUCCUGGAGCUCCUCAUGUUGGAGCAGUUCCUGACCAUCCUGCAUGGGGAGAUCCAGAUGUGGGUGCGCACACAGUGUCCCAGCAGUGGAGAGGAGGCCGAGACGCUAGUGGAGAGCUUGAAGGGCGACCCACAGAGACUGUGGCAGUGGAUCAGCAGCCAGGUUCUGGGACAGGAAAGUUCACCUGAGGAGGUGGAAUCUGCAAGCUGCCAAGUUACAGGGGCAGAGGCCAGUCUUGAAGUGGUGCCUCAGGAGCUGGGACUUGAGAAUUCAGCCUCACGGGCUGAGGAGCAACUGAGCCACAUCAUCAAAGAGGAAGCUGACACUGAGCCGAAAUUAGAUGAGG